GUCUUUUCAGGUGUCAAAAUCACAACAACAUUGGUUAACUGCAUUUGUGCAAAAGCGCUCCAGAGAAACAAAAAUGCUGAUCCAAGAGUCACACUAUGAUGUCAAAACUUCCGCUGCGGGGGAGGGGAGCAUGACUGCUGGUGCUAUUAUCUCGAAACUUCUUGACUGUAUUUCAAUUAAAGAACAGAAGGAGUGCUGAAAGAGCCAUUGUUUGAGAAUCGGACCUCGCAGAAAGAAAUUGAAAUACCACUACGGAGAAUAUAUGUGUUUCAUCCCACGAUUCCCGGAUACCCAAAGGCAAAAUUUCCUGGCGUGGUUGUGUUCAGCGAAAUUUACCAAGGUGCGCGUAAUAACCCGUGUAUUGCUUAAUUAUAUAGUUAGCUACGCGUCUGGGCUUCCCAAGAGCACCUGCGGAAGAAACCGCGACAACUCUUGGAUAAUUAGCUCAAGAGCGUGCCGAAACAUCCGAUGCAGUGACCGGACCUGUCACCCGCUUCGCACGCAUGAUAGCUGGCCACGGGUAUAUCUGCGCAGCGCCAUCGAGCUACCAUGAAUUUACCGGUCCAGAGCCACUAAAAUACGAUGCGACGGAUACCGAUAAGGGCAAUGCAUGGAAGAUCACCAAAAAACUUACAGCUUAUGAUGAAGACGCAAAGCUCAGUGUCGACUAUCUGCUGUCACUCCCCACGUGCAAUGGCCGCGUUGGGGCGACUGGAAUGUGCCUCGGCGGGCAUCUGGCGUACCGCUGCGCGCUGGACGAACGGGUUAAAGCUGCGGUGUGCUUCUUUGCGACUGACAUACACAGCAAAACCCUCGGCAAGGGAAAGAAUGACGAUAGCCUGCAGAGAGCGGGCGAUAUGAAAGGCGAAUUGGUCAUGAUCUUUGGUAAAAAUGACACACACGUCCCGCCAGCCGGCAGGGACUUGAUUCGGCAGACGCUUCAUGAGAAAGGAGUCUGCUUCAGCUUUUACGAAGCUGCAUGGGCUCAGCACGCGUUCAUCAGAGACGAGCUAAGCAAGGGCCGGUACGACCCUGCGUUAACAAAAGUUUGCGUCGAGAUGAUGUUUGAAGUGUUUGGGCGUACUCUCAAGGUUGAGCUUGGAGACAGUGACGGGAAAAGCCUUGAGGUGGAGGAUGUCUGCUAGAGAGAGGAGCAUGGACCUCCUUCUGGGAGCUAUAUAUAUUCUCUUUCCCGCCGGAGUAAGGUUUUGUUGGUUUAACCCCGGGUCUUUAUAAUACGUAUGCGAAGCCAAACCAUGGACGAAGGCGAAAGUUUCCAUAAGCACAUGGAAUUUUACCAAGCAACAUGGGAAGCCGUGUGUACCUGGCGGCCCAAAAGACAACGGAGAGAGCUUUUUCAGU